AACCCUUCAAAGUUAACAAACAAAAUAUAUAUCCAAACAAUAAGCAUCAAAUUUUGUAGUGCAUGAGAUAAUUUUAACCAUGGAUCCAAGAAUCUCUUUCUCCAAUGAUUUUGUUGUUAGCAAACAAGCAAUCAAACAUGAAAACAUCUACAGAGAAGCUCCUGUCUCUUCGGAUUUCGAAUUCUCUGUCAAAAACUAUUCUAUGAUAUCAGCAGAUCAAGCCUUUUUUAAGGGCAUGCUGUUGCCUCUAAGUAGUGAAGGCUCCAAGAAGGUGACUUUAAGAGAUGAACUACUUAAUGAUGAUGAUUCGCCAAAAUGGUCAAAGAGUUUAAGCCGGUGGAAGGAACGAUUAGGCCUAAAGAGAAGUGCAUCUAAGAAAGAUAAGAAUAAGGGUGAUCAUGAGUUUGUGUCGAGAUCUGUAGCUAACCAUAAAGGGACUAGUUUUGGACAAGGAGAAACAACUGUUAACAAAGACAUUAUGUUACCACAGGAAUUGUUCUGUGAAGGAGGUGUAAGUUGCAAACGUAAGUGAACUCCACAGGAACAGGAACAGUAUCCCUUGUCCAGGAGGGAUGAUAUGAUCUCUACUAAUAUCUAAAGGCAUUAAGUGUUAGAAUUUUUGCUGACUUACUUUUGAGCAAUUUAAGUUUAACCUAAGUAGUAGAAAGAAAGUGCCUCAAGCAUUAUUAUCUUUGUACAAAAAUUUGUAGUUGAAGAAAUUCCAUGAGUCAAUGAGUAUUUUAAUGUAAUGUGUAAUGCAUCCAGUAGUUGUGGCUUUUUGUUAAGAGAUAAAGUAACUAUAGCUUCAUGUUAAUUUUGUUCAUGUAGGUUCUCAAGUAUCUUCACCUAUUAAUUCUAAGAAGGUUAAUUAUCCUA